GUAAAUAAAGUUUUGUUGGAUAAGGUUAGAUUUAAAAACAAAGCAGUAAAAAGAUGUUAACAUUUUUAAUGAUAUUGGGAACAUUGUUCCUUAUUGUUUUCAAUUGGAUAUGGAAUUCAACAUAUUGGUCGCGACAAGGAAUAAAAGGACCUAUGGGAAUGCCGAUAUUUGGAAAUAUGUUUCAAUAUUUGAUCGGUAGGAGGCAGUAUGGAUUAAUUUAUGAAGAUAUUUAUAAAUCCUACCCAAAAGCAUCAUACAUUGGAAUUUAUCGAGUUAUGAACGAGCCAGCAAUUUUGUUACGAAACACCGAAAUGAUCAAGGAAAUUAUGGUGAAAAGUUUUCCAAAUUUCUCAGAUAAUGUCCUUUAUGUGAAUGAUAAACGUGAGGAUUUGGUAUUUUGUAAUCCGUUUAUAGCCAAAGGUGAAAAGUGGAGAGUUAUGAGAAGUGAACUUGUGCCAAUGUUUACACCAAAUAAGAUGAAGCUAUCAUUUCCACACAUUGCAUCUAUAUGCAAAAAGUUGGAUUCAUUUAUAAGUAAUGAUAUUGGAGAAAUGCCUUUUGAAGGCAAGGACCUAUGCGCAAAAUACACACUAGAUGUCGUUGCUUCAGCAGCCUAUGGUUUAGAUGGAGAAUCUUUUACAAACAAAGGAUCAGAUUUUACAAAGCUGGUUAAAGAACUUUUUAUGCCGAAUCCACUUAGUUUAGUUCACACAACCGCUUUAUUAUUUUUACCAAAACUUGGAGACUUGAUCCAGUAUAGAUAUUUACCAGAAAAAGUUCAACAAUGGUUUGUCACCAUAAUUUCAAAAGUGAUGUCACGAAGACGUGAAUUGAAAGAUAACAACAAUGGAGACUUUCUUCAAUGGUUGAUUGAUGCAAAACAAAAGACCGGAGAAUUGGUUGAUGAAUUUACUAUUAUUGGACAUUGCAGUACGCUUCUGAUCGAGGGUUUUGAGACAUCUGCAUCACUAAUGGCAUAUGCAUUGUAUGAGUUUUCUGUCAAUCCUCACAUUCAGAAAAGAGUGCAAUCUGAGAUCGAUGAAGUUAUGAACAAACACCAUGGAAAACUAAGUUAUGAGGCUAUUUUAGAAAUGACUUACUUAGAUGCUGCAUUAUAUGAAACUCUUCGCCUACAUCCUCCCAUGCUGGCUCUUUUAAAACAUUGUACAAAGCCAUUUGAGCUGCCACCUCAGUUCAAUGGGGUUAAGCUUAGAGAGAAAGUUGUUAUUGAAGAAGGCACCAUUUUUGUAGUUCCUGUCCAAGCAGUCCAUCAUGACCCAGUUUUGUUUCCCGAUCCUCAUAAAUUUGAUCCUGAUCGAUUUUCUGAAGAAAACAAACGCCAAAGAGAAAAUUGUUCAUUUCUUGGUUUCGGGGAAGGACCUCGAAUGUGCCCAGGCAUGCGUUUUGGAUUCGCUCAAAGCAAAGCUGGAUUAGUAACAAUGCUAAUGAAAUAUAACGUUCAAUUAUCCGAAAAAUGUCCCAAGCCAUUGGAAAUAUCUCCAACAACCUUUUUGACAACGAGCCGCUCGGGUAUUUGGCUUUGUUUCAAAGCAAGGAGGCUUCAGUAAAACUAAGGCUUAAAUAAUUUUGUUUUAAAGUAAUCUGGACAUAAGUUUGAAACCAAAAACAUAAAACUUA